ACAUGGCGCGAAAUUUUCUAGUUUUUCGUUUUCCGACAAAAUUUUUGAGUCCGGGAACCGAACCAAUUCAAGAAUAAAUUGCGCGAGAAAACGUUUGCCAGGAGUUUUAGUAGGAAGUAAUUCCAAGUCAUGUUAAUUCGCUCCUUAAAUUACGCUUGUGGUUUGGCUGUGAGUUCAUUCAUUGCAGUCAACACUCUCAACACUUUUCGUCCUGGAAAUACGGUGAGAGGGAAAGACGUCGACAGAAAAGAUAAGGAUCUUGCAUUAAAACAAGUUCAAGUAAUAUUCCGACAUGGCGCAAGGACGCCCAUAAAGACAAUUUCUGGUUUAGAGGAAAAUGUUUGGGAUAAACAAGAACUUAGAUAUGAACUUGAGCAUACUAAAUUGAAGUAUGAAGUGAAGAGCCUGAAUAGUCAUGAAUUGAAGGAAGAAAAUUCAACAAAAAAUGUAUUGAAGGGAGGUUGUGAGAUGGGCGCAUUGACAACUGUAGGGCAACAACAGGCCUAUGACCUAGGUCGGAAACUGAAGAAGUAUUAUAUUGAUGAACUUAAACUUGUCGAUGACAACUUUGAUGAGAGGAUAAUUUACCUUCGAACAACCCAUGUCCCAAGGGCCAUUGAAUCAUUGCGCUGUGUCGUGACUGGAAUGUUCAACCACAUAAAUGAGCCAGUUAUCUUUUGGACGUUGCCCAUUGUUGAAGAAGUAUUUUUUCCAAAUUACUCAGCCUGCAAGGCUUUAAAGCAGUUUGUCAAGUACUGUUUCACACUUGCUCAUAAAUUACCAGGAUAUCAGGGAGACUUGGAGAAAUUCAUGAGAGCAGUUGGAAAACCAAUGAAAAACAUUAAUUUCAUUCACAUUUAUGAUGACAUGAGUUGCAGAAAUGCUCACAACAAAAUAUAUUCAGAUGAAGUUAAAAGUUUAAUGAAAACUGUGGAAGCUCGUGCAUUACAGCUGUACACAAGUGUAUAUCAGUCUCCUCCAACGUGGACAAAAGGAAUGAUUCUUCCAUUAUCUGGUGGUCAUAUGCUCCAAAAUCUUUAUAAAAAUAUUCAGUCAAGUAUUGAGAAAACAAGCAACCAUAGACUGUAUUUGUUCUCUGCGCAUGAUGCAACGUUGAUAACUCUGUGCGCUGCGUUGGACAUAGAACUCAAAGAAUGGCCAUCGUUUGCUUCCUAUGUUUCCUUGGAACUUUAUGAGAACGAGGUCUGUGAACAUUUUGUUCGCGUUGUUUUCUCAGGAGAUGUCAAGAAUUUUAAGAAAUUUAGUAAAGAGAUACCCAUUAAAGAAUUCAAAGCAAUAGUUGAUCGAUUGGCGAUCGACGAUUACGAGAGAGUUUGUAACACGAUGUUUGAUAUACCAGAACAAAGUCAAUGAAUUUUAGCUAAUUUACAUAAAUCGCGUUGCAAUGUUACAAAAUGUACGGCGGUAGACGAUUAUGAAAAAGUUUGUAGCACUUUGUUUGAUAUUUCAGAACAAAGUUAAAUGAAAUUGUAAUUUACAUAAAUUGCGUAGAAAUGUUACCUAUAAUCAAACUUACACUAUGUAUGUAAAAUAAAACGAACGAUUAUUCAAUGAACGAUGUCAAUUUUUUUGUCAAAAUAAAUUAAGAUUUUUUUGGUAA